AUGAUUUUGCAAAACCAAAAGAUGUUAUCUUUGUAUCCAUCGCUUGUAUUGAUUGGUUUGGUUGCCAUCAAUGGUGUGAUUCUUCAGUCGAGCCCUUCUUCGUCUGCACCGUCGGCUGUAAGCGUUACCACAACACAGUCUGGUGUCACCACUUCGUCGGGACAAUCGGCUGCAGGUUCUUCAGCAGCACCUUCUGGUGUGAGUACCACUCCCUCGGGUGUCAGUGCCUCUGCGGGACAAUCGACUGCUAAGAAUUCAGUGGCGCCGUCGGGGGUCAGUACAACUGGCGGUCAAUCAGCUACGAGUGCCGCUUCUCAGCCAUCGGGUGUGAGCACAACCACUGGUCCAUCUGCUGCCAGUCCUUCAUCUCAAUCGUCGGCUGUCAGUACAGGCGCUGGCGGUAACUCUUCGCAGGCAUCGGCUGGCAGUGGAUCCACUGGUCAAUCAGGUGGUAGUCCCGCACCGCAGCCAUCGGGAGGUAAUACUACGGGAGCGUCCGGUGCGGGUUCAUCACCAACACAAUCGUCUUCGACAGCCGGCACACCCGCAUCGAACACCACAGGCACCAGCGGUGACAUCGGAACCGUUGGUUCAGCCAAUAGCCUCGGAUCCAAGAAAACAGCCCCGAAAUCGGCCGACACUAAGACCUCAGCGAAGCCUACGUCAGGAAAGACUGGACCGAAAUCUAAGUCGAAAUCAAAGUCAGAUAAUUCUCGAGGAAAGGGCGAUAAGAAAAGCGACGAAACCCUUCGCUCGGCUUAA